AGACUGCUGGCGCGCCGCGCAUUCGCACCGCGAUUGGCCACGCGGGCGGGGACUAUAAAAGCAGGCGUGCGAGCUCGCAGCGCUAGUCUGCCAGAGACGCGAAUCCUUCGGGGUCGGUGAUGAUGGAGCGGGCGCCGAAGGUGGGGGUCGUGGUGCUGAUCGCCCUGUUCAGCGUGGUCGGCCUGGGGAUGGCGGAUGUCAUCUCUCCGGAGGCUCCGAAGGUGGAGGUGUACUCCCGCAACCGUGCAGUGCUGGGGGAAGAAAACGUCCUCAACUGCUUCGUGAGUGGCUUCCACCCACCCAAGAUCGACAUCACCCUCAUCAAGAACGGGGAGCCCAUGAGCAACGUGCAGUACGCCGACAUGUCUUUCAACGACAAGUGGUAUUUCCAGCGCCUGGUGCACGCGCCCUUCACCCCCAAGGCGGGUGACAUCUACAUUUGCAGAGUGGCCCACGCUGCCUUCCCGGAACCACAGUCCUUCCAGUGGGAUGCAGACUUGUGAGCUGUGUCAGGAUAAUCACAGUCUGAAAAACUCAGUCUUGCAUGUCAAAAUCUUCUUGAGCUUCUGUCCUUUCCUCAUAUCACACUUUUGGGUACGAUGAAGAGCCAUCAUCUGUGUUCUGGAAUUACAUCUUUAAUAAAGCUGGUGGUCAAAAUACCGUUACUCAGA